CUUUUGCUCUUCUUAUCUUAUUAAAAAAACACGAACCAUAGACCAGUAAUCAGAUGUCAAAUUUCAACGUGACAAAUCGAACAUACAAUCUCUCUGGAUAAUAUCGGAAAGCUUCAGGUAUAUGUAUGCGCCUUCAAUUCGAUAGGCUUAAAUGCCAAGGCAAACAGUAAAAAAAAUUCAAUUUCGAUCGCAAAACUGUAAAAUAUUUGUAUGAACCUUUCGAUUUCCGGCCAAAACUGUGGAUAAAUUCAGCUGAAAUUUGAUUGCUGUAAAUUGUGAGACACCUCUGGAUUCUUUCCGAAUUUUUAUCUGGUCAAUAACUCUUUUACAAAUUUUUAGGAUAGCGAACGCAGGGGUUUUUCGAUUUGAAGUUUUAGCUUCAAAUUUUGUUUACAGAGGCUUCAAAUCCUGCUAGUGAUUGUGUAAUAAAAAUUUAAAUAAUCGAAUGCGAGGGUUUCUGGAUUCUAAAGGGUUUAGCUUUAGAUUUUUUUAAUAGAGAAUGGCUGGGGUACUGCCCGGGAACGCCACAGUUUCCUGGUACAGCCAUUCGGCUAUUCUGACGCCGCGAUCGAUCGCCCCGAAAACCAGGUUUUUUUGCUGCUGGGCUGGAAUAUCCAUAUCCAGGGCAGCUCCGGGCGGUUUUCAGGCUAGGCAUAUCAGAAUUAGCAGAAGCGAAGUUCAGCUGCAGCGAGAUAUCGGAGAGUCGAGGUUGCGCGGCGGCGGCUUCUGGUGUCGGAGUGCAAGUGGCUCCUACGAGCAAGACAGGGAUUCGAAAACGCCUAAUGGCGAAGGCAGCGAGGAUAAAAACCUGCCACGAAGCCCGAAAACUACUUCAAGUGACGGCAACAGCGGUAUUAACGAAACCAGCGGUAGUGGUAGCUCGUCCUCUCCGGGAAAGAAAAGCAGAGGAGGAUGGUGGAGAAACCGCAAGUGGAAUUGGAAGGAAACCCUAAUAAGUCAGGUGCGGGAAAUUGGAACGAUGUGUUUACAAUUGGGUGUGGUUUUGUUCUUAAUGAGGGUUUUGCGUCCUGGUUUUCCGAUGCCGGGAUCGGAUUCUAAGGUUUUGACUAGCCAUGUCAGCGUUCCAUUCAGCGAGUUUUUGAGCAGGAUUAGCAACAAUCAAGUGCAGAAAGUUGAAGUUGACGGCGUGCAUUUUACGUUCCGUUUGAAGCCGGAGGUCGAUAGCCCACCAGAAAAUGUCGUGGUUGUGGAUCGGACGGCAAAGCGUGUUUUGUAUACGACUACAAGGCCGACUGACAUUAAAACGCCGUAUGAGAAGAUGCUGGAAAAUCAAGUUGAAUUCGGAGCUGCUGAUAAGCGGUCUGGUGGUUUUCUUAAUUCCGCAUUGGUUGCACUUCUCUAUAUAGCUCUAUUUGCUGGGAUUCUCCGGCUUCCACUGAAAAUUUCUCAGUUGAGAAGCCGUAAAGCACGAGGUUCUGGCAGCUCCAAAACUGGUGAAAAUGGAGAUGCUGUAACAUUUGCUGAUGUUGCAGGAGUUGACGAAGCUAAGGAAGAGCUUGAAGAAAUUGUUGAAUUUCUACGAAAUCCAGAUAGGUAUGCUCGACUUGGUGCUCGUCCUCCUCGAGGAGUACUUUUGGUUGGACUUCCUGGAACUGGGAAGACUCUUUUAGCGAAGGCAGUAGCUUGUGAAGCUGAUGUUCCCUUCAUAAGCUGUUCAGCUAGUGAGUUUGUUGAGCUUUAUGUUGGCAUGGGUGCUUCUCGUGUUCGUGAUCUCUUUGCAAGAGCCAAGAAGGAUGCACCUUCAAUAAUUUUCAUUGAUGAGAUUGAUGCUGUGGCAAAAAGUCGUGAUGGUCGUGUCCGCAUUGCCAGCAAUGAUGAACGAGAGCAAACCUUGAACCAAUUGCUCACUGAGAUGGAUGGUUUUGAUAGCAACUCAGCAGUGAUAGUGCUUGGAGCAACAAACAGGGCAGAUGUUCUGGACCCUGCACUUCGCAGGCCUGGUCGAUUUGAUCGGAUUGUUACAGUGGAUCCUCCUGAUAGGCAUGGCAGAGAAGCUAUUUUAAAGGUUCACAUCUCCAGAAAGCAACUUCCUUUGGCUGCAGAUGUGGACCUGAAUACAAUUGCUACUGCUACCACUGGAUUCACUGGGGCAGAUCUGGCAAAUUUAGUAAAUGAAGCCGCUUUGUUGGCUGGGAGAGCAAACAAACUGGUGGUGGCAAAGGAAGAUUUUAUACAGGCUGUUGAACGAUCUGUUGCUGGCAUUGAGAAGAAGCAUUCAACAUUGCAACACUGUGAGAAGGCUGUUGUGGCCCGACAUGAAGCUGGUCAUGCUGUAGUAGGUACAGCCGUUGCCAAUCUUCUUCCUGGGCAGUCUCGAGUGGAGAAACUGAGCAUAUUGCCCAGAUCAGGAGGGGCACUAGGUUUUACAUACAUUCCACCUGGCAGUGAAGAUCGUUACUUGCUCUUUGUUGACGAGUUACGUGGUCGUUUAGUGACUCUUCUUGGGGGCCGUGCAGCAGAGGAGGUGGUUUAUGCUGGUCGUGUGUCCACUGGUGCACUUGAUGAUAUAAAGCGUGCUACAGAUAUGGCGUACAAAGCUAUUGCUGAAUAUGGCUUAAACCAGUCUAUUGGCCCAAUUUCAUUGGCAACUUUGUCUAGUGGUGGCCUUGAUGAGUCUGGAGGAACAGUUCCAUGGGCAAAGGAUCAGGGACACAUGGUAGAUCUUGUUCAAAAAGAGGUUAAAUCCUUGCUACAAUCAGCUUUGUCAAUGGCGCUUAUUGUGAUACGUGCUAAUCCUACUGUACUUGAGGGUCUUGGUGCACACUUAGAAGCAAAUGAGAAAGUUGAUGGCGAAGCAUUACAAGAAUGGUUAAAGUUGGUUGUUGCUCCUGUAGAGCUGGCCACUUUUAUCAAGGGUUCAUAUAUGCUUCCAGAGAAGGCGAAUUUGACAAGUCCAGAGAUGUCGAAUGCCAUGAUUCUAGAGAAAGCGGACUACAUCAUUCCAGGGACCAUGGGCAUAUAAUUUGCUUGAAACGGAGGCUCCAUUGUAGCCCACCAUCCUUCAUUUGUUUCUAUUGUUUUCAGUUUAAAUGAGGAUGGCCUCAGUAAAGGUUAUGUGCAGUUAUGCGAUAAUAGAAUUUUUUUCACUGCCUCAAGGGGUAGAUCCUGUACAGAAUGGAAAUUGGGAAUGAAGGGAGGAUUCAAAGUAACGUCUUCAAAGAGUGUGUCAUGCUAUAUACCUUAUUACCUGAUAUGUGCAUAUGGCAGGCCUGGUUGUUUUUUCUUGUUAAUCCACAACAAGGCAUUAAUAUCAGCUGAUGGUUGGCAUAACUUUUCUAAAUUGUAAAUCUAUCAAGACAGCAUAAUGUAGCUUGAUUUAUCCCAUAUAACCAUAUUCACUCCGUGCCACCCCUGCCACUCUCUAUUCCACCAUCGUCACUUUUCUCUUUUGUAGAUGUCUACAAAACUGUAGAUGGCCGUCUUCCUUGCACCAAAUCAUAGGUUAAAUUAUAAAUACAGGUUGGUGUCUAUGGAAGAAGGCUUGUAAAAGAAUAUUGUGCAACUUGUUUAGUCACCUGUUAUUGAAAUUAUGACUUGUUUAGUCACCUGUAAUUGGAAUUAUGAUUUAAAAUUACCAAUACAUUUAUAAUUUUAUUUCAAGAAAAUAACAUAGCACGUCUUGCCAUUUGUUUUCA